AUGGCGAGCGCAAAGCAACAGGAGAACAUGCUUCUCACAGAGCACUUUUCAUGGCCACCAAUUUCACUCAUCGACGACAUAAUCAACGCCAUAAACGAAGUCCUCUACCGCUGCACCGACUCCUUCGAAACCGGGCUGCUCUCCGCCGACCCAGCGCUUUUGGGCUUCGCAGACCGGUACAGCGCCGAAGGCAAAACAAUCGAGAAAGAUGAAGAUGGCAAUGAUACUUUCCCCGAGGCAAGGCUGGAAAUUGAAGAGGGCGUUUUGAAGCUUGAGACGCUCAUGGAGAAUGCGGUGGACAAGAAUUUCGAUCGGUUGGAGAUUUGGACACUGAGGAAUGUUUUGUGCCUGCCUAGGGGAGAGGAGGAGUUGGUGAAUUGGGUGCGGCUGGGGCAUUAUGAGAACCUCCAAACCCCCUCCAAAGACACCACCCUCACGCCCGAGUCCCUCUACACCCUCCGCCGCAAACUCAUCGAAACGCAAAAACUUAACGCCGCCCUCGCCGCAGAAAAAAAGCGCAACGACGCGCAAAUAGCACGCUUGAAGGCACUCCUCCUACCCAGUCCAACGAAGCGCGAACCCCGAUCGUCCACAAGUCCCGCAAAACCCAACGGAACACAAGACACCACCGCACCCUUCGCUUUUCUCACACACACCCCCGCCGCCCAAACCCCUCGGCAUCCAACCCCUCCCCCAAACCUCCAAUACCGAAUCCCGAACACCACUUACAACACACACAUCCUUCACGACCUCGCAACUCCCCUACCUGCGCCAACUCCUCGCAUCCCUACAACCGCACCUCGCUACCACCGCGCUGCCCACUUCGAAUAA